AUGACGUCAUGGUCCUGAAAGUGUAUUGCAGGAACAGCUCGAAUCUCCGAGCCGAAACAGAAUUCCUCGCUCAUCACGUCCGAUCAUUAUAACGUACCGGUACACGGCCUACUAGAACGGUUGGCCUGCCUGGGUUAAAAAUCGCCGAUCAAUAGUUUCUCACCGGCACUUUCUAAUCAUGGCGGAUUUGGAAUUGGAUAUUGACAGCAUUCUCACUCGUCUACUGGAAGCAAGAGGCAAACCAUACAAAACAGUUAAUUUAACAGAAGCAGAAGUAAGAGGUCUAUGUGUCAAAUCAAGAGAAAUAUUCCUUAGCCAACCAAUCUUAUUAGAAUUAGAAGCUCCUCUUAAAAUAUGUGGUGACAUUCACGGUCAGUACACAGAUCUCCUUAGGUUAUUUGAGUAUGGUGGUUUCCCACCCGAUUCCAACUACCUAUUCUUGGGUGACUAUGUGGACAGAGGGAAGCAAUCCUUGGAAACAGUUUGUCUUCUCCUAUCCUACAAGAUCAAGUACCCAGAGAACUUCUUCCUCUUGAGAGGCAACCAUGAAUGUGCCAGCAUUAACCGAAUCUACGGCUUCUACGAUGAAUGUAAGAGGAGGUACAACAUCAAAAUCUGGAAAACAUUUACAGACUGCUUUAACUGCUUGCCUGUGGCUGCCAUUGUAGAUGAGAAAAUCUUCUGCUGUCAUGGAGGUCUGUCACCUGAUCUACAGAGUAUGGAACAAAUCAGGAGAAUAAUGAGACCAACUGAUGUCCCAGAAACAGGUCUUCUGUGUGAUCUGUUAUGGUCAGAUCCUGAUAAAGAUGUAUCAGGGUGGGGUGAGAAUGACCGUGGUGUCUCCUUCACAUUUGGAAAUGACAUCGUGACCAAGUUCCUCAACAGACAUGAUCUAGACUUGAUCUGCAGAGCCCACCAGGUUGUGGAAGACGGGUAUGAGUUCUUUGCAAAACGUCAGCUGGUCACGCUGUUUUCAGCUCCUAACUACUGUGGAGAGUUUGACAAUGCUGGAGGAAUGAUGAGUGUAGAUGAAACUCUCAUGUGUUCAUUUCAGAUCCUGAAGCCAUCAGAGAAGAAGGCCAAGUACCAGUAUGCUGGAAUCAACUCUGGUAGACCAGGCACCCCUCCUAAAGGACAAGUCAAAAAGAAGUAGGGUCCUUGGCAAAGACCCCCUGAAUCUACAUAACCUUUCUUAAAACAGCCCAUGAGGGCGUGCUCUCACAUUGUACCCAAUGGGCACUGUCAUACGGAUGCAAGUAACCUCGUUUGUCCAAGAUGGGUGGAGAUGAUGGCAGCAAAUAAAGUAAAUAGUAGAAUGACUCAUCUGUCUACAAUUAAUCUAAAAUAUUUUAAUAAAAAACAAAAGGGACUCAUGUAACAAGGAACAUUUGUGCACUGUUAAAUGAUUGCUGUUUAUGACAAAAACUAUGUGAGUUGCUGAAGUUUGCAUUGUUGAGUGAAUUUGCAAUUAAAAAACUUGCAAACUAAUGUAGGCCCAUAAGGAAUGCAUUUCAUGCAGGUUUAAUGCCUUGAUUUUGUGGUAUUAUGGUCUGCAUUUGAGUGCAUAUUUUCAAGUUAAUAGGUCACAAAUCUUUCAUGUUUAUAAAAUAAGUAGCAAUUAUAAACUUGACUGCCAUGGAAAUAUAAGGGAAAAAAAGCAAUCCAAAUUAAAAUAAAAUGGUAACGCAUCUCAUUUAUUCUUCGGCAUCAAACUAAAUCAGGAAGCUACUAUGAGAUAUGCAAAGUAGCUUGCAUUUUCUAGCCAGACGUUUCCUAAUGUGAACAGUUACCUAUGAAUGGGAUGUAAAUGGGAACAGAGCUGGUUGCUGUAUAAUAAAUAGUAGGAAGGCCAUUGUUGUGAUAUGUAUGAUCAUAUUUACAUAGAAUAGGUAUGUGAGCGGAGGGACAUGUUCACAUUUGAGUUUUGGACUGUGCAUAUAAACUGACUGCAGUUGACUUGAUUAUGAAUUGAUUCUUAAUAUAUUAAUUACCAUUUUAACAGAUUAACAAAUGCAGUCUUGGAAAGGGAGUUUUUUUCAUGCAGUGUUUAUACAUAGACAAACAUGAAAAUGUGAUUUAUUACUUUGUACAUAAGACAUAGAGAAAGUGUGAACACUGGUAUAUUUCUGUAGCAGUGUGUUUUUACUGGACUGCAGCAAAAUAGGGUUUAUUAAGAUAUUUAAAUGUGAUAUAUUUAUUAUUAGCUGUGUAUAUUGAUUUGAUGUUAUCUCUACUUAUUUAGCAUAAUGAUGAUGUAAAUGUUUAGUUAUCCAUCUUAUGUCAAGAAAUGCAAAGACCAUAAAAAUGAAUUUAGGGCUUUCUUAUAACUUCAAUUUGCCAACUGAUUGCGAAGCAAUGGGAUUCGAUAAUUUCGUUGAGGCUUGGUAUGUAGAAAGUUGUUGAAUCUUGAUACCUGUGUUUUGUAAAUGAUACUCAGUUUUAGGACUAAUACAAAAAUAUAAACUUUUGGUGAUUUUAAGUUCAGGUUUCAUUUUGGUGUUAAUGUUGAUGUUAGCAGUGUACAUACUAACAGUUUAGGUGUUGGUGUUCAUGAAUGAGAUUGCCUAAUCUGGCUCCUAUACUGAGCAGGGGCCGCGGAACGGUUUUCUAAGUGGGGGGGCUGACCAUGCAAAAAAUCACAAUCAUAUGGUCACUUUGUACACGGUUUUGGAAAAAAGUGGGGGGCUGAAGCCCCCCAGCUCCCCUGCUUCCGCGGCCCCUGCUGAGCAUGAAUUUACAUACAAAAUACACCACUCACAUCAUUGAUAGCUGGACACCUACCUUCAAUGAGAUCAGUCCAAGCACCAGUUUCAUUUUUUGUUCAGUGCUAGACUGGUGUAAAUCACAGACACUGGAAGUCAACACCGAACUUGAAAUCGCCAUCAUUGAGAUAUUUUACAACACACUACCACCUGUAUGACCAGUAGUGAAUAUUAUGAUAAUGCUUUCAUUGAGCAUUUUAAUUGUUUCAGUUUCAGAUUAUGUUAUAGAUGCCGAUGGCAGGUGGAGCCUUGCAGCUCAUUCAUUGUUGAAAAUUACGGAAUCCCAUUUUUAACCCAUUGCCUACUGGAUCUAAGUGGCCUAUUUUCAAAGCCUUUGUGAAUUACAAAAUCCAGUAGUCAACUGGUUAGUUAAGCCAAAAUCAGUCAGGUACGAAGGAUAAUUAUCUGACUUUCAAUAAAGAGUGUUAGAUGUAACCGUGUAGUAGUUGGCACCUCACACUUAUGGUUUCAAAUACCAAAAUAAAAUAAAAGGAAAUUGUAAGUUCACAAGCAUCUAUGUAGUCACAGUUUGGCAAUAGAUUGUUAAGAAGGAUAAUAUUGCAUGCUGUUAUAUUUGGAUUUGGAAAAUUUUCAAAAAAGGGGGCUGGUUUUUGUGAACUUUAUGGCCAGAAUUCAUGAAUGUGUUUUUAAUUUGUGAUCUUGUACCAUGGUUUAUGCAGAUUUAAUUGCUCUUAUUAGUGCAUAUAUUGAGGAAGAGUUUAAUAAUCAGUGCGUGCUUCUGCCGAAGUGUUCUAAAUCCAAGCUUGUAAUUACCAAGGUUAGAGCAUUAGUGAGCCUACUGUUUUGAGCCAGUGAUCUCAUUGUUCAUACCAAUUGUUUUACAUCAACAAUAGACUCAUUAAUGCUGUAACCUUUGUAAGGGUAAAUGAGUGUGGUGUGAGAAAAGCUUGCAUACAUUCUUGGACACUUCUUAAACUGAAUAAAGUGUACCAGUAAUCAACACCUGGAAUCUGCAUAAACCCAAGUUUUCAAAACACCCUUUUUUAAUUCGAACCUAAGUGAGGUACAGAUAUGCAUUAGAUUUUCAAUAAAAACAAAGUAUUCAUUCACCUAAAGAGAGUUGGUGGUGGUAUCGGUAUCAAACAAAUUAGUUCUAAGAGAUAUAUAAUGUAUUUAUAUAUGUGAAUUUAAAAUCUUUCAUGGCCACAUAUCAUCAAGUAAUAUAUUGUUUUUGUAGUAGUUUCAUUUGAUUUUUUCACUCUGAGAGUGGAAAAAUAAUGUGCCUUGUGUAUGUUUGUACGUAUUGUGAUAUAUUAUUAUCAGUUUUUUUAUCAGCUCGUGGCUUGCAGUUCUUGAGUAGUCAUUUAGCAAGACAUUGAUUUCACCCUGAUCGUAUCAAUAGGUUUAUUUUUAAGGUUUUUCUUCCUCAAUUCAUGUUUUGAUGGGGAAAAUAUCAUGAUGAGUUUCUUUCCAGAUCAUUCUGUAACCAUUUUCUUUAAUUGUUGGGUACAUAUUUUCCUUCCGCCAUUCAGUCCCUCAGUAAAGUGAUCCAUGCUUUCCACUUAAACAUGAAGCAAAGCUGUCAUUGUUUGUUAUUGACUUCUCAUUCACAUUUUGAAAUGGGGAAUCAGCACAUGCUAAUAGAAAAUGUGCCUUGUUUAGGAAAUAAGUGACCACCCCACCCGUAAUGUCAUAUUAUGUCGACCCCAGUGACUGUGCAGUUUUCUUAAUGAAAGUGUAGCCUCUUGGAAAACUGAGUUCAUGGUAUUUUGCUAGUUCCUCUUUGAAGCCUCCUAACUCCUAGUUGGCUGAGCAUAAUUGUAUUUUAUAGAAUAUCUUGCAAACAAUAGGCAGACAGCAAGUUUUGUUUUAUUUGAAUGUUUGUCAGAAAGCAUUUGUGUACUUUGGCCAUAAUACUGUAAAGUGUCCUUGACAUUUUUGUUAUUUGUAAUAUCUCUCAAUGCUUUGCUGUGCUCAUGUAUCUUUUUUUUCUUCUUCAUAAUAAGCAGUUUUCUUGUAUAUGUUCACAAAUGUCUCUCGAUGCUGUAGGGGUAGCCAGCAAACACUCUCUUGGCACAAUCUUUAGAGACUUGCAUCACCUUGAUGUUUUCUGACAAGGUGCCCCUUGCAGAAAGAGUUGUGAUCAAACCCAACUCCUAAAAUCAAACACAACUUGAUUUUCAACUAAUCAGAAGCAUGCAGUCUACACUUGAUUUUUUAAGUUGCAUUUGAACACAAUUCUUCUGCAACAGGCCCAAGGAGUAGCAAGUGAAAUAAUGAACUAUGGUGGAAUUUUAAAGAAAGUUUGCAUACUAAAACUUUGAUUUGAGACUUUUGGAUAUAGAUAAAUACCUAGUAAAUGAGAGGGAAAAAAAGUGAAAUAGGACGGAGAUUGUCUUCUUUGGUCAUGAAAAUAGCAGCUUCAUUGCAGCUAUAUCUGAAAAGUUCAGCUAUAUCUGAAAAUAUUAUGGUGGCUCAUCAAGAAGAAUAUACCAAAUGAAAAUCUGAUUUUCUUAUGUUUUGUUUAUAGCUUUCUUUUGAUUACCUUCAGAAUGUGCUUUCCCUGUCAAAUCCCCAUAUCAUUUCUAACAAAUUUAUUUCAACCUUAUUUCAAAACGUCUUGCUUUGAUUUGUUGCUACACACACUAUCUAGUAUCCCUGCUCUUUUUUUAAAAUCAAUGAUGAAUUGUUUUUAAUUGUUUUAACUUUGAACUGGGAUACCUAUUUGAGUUGUUUUCUACUCUCACGAUGGUGCUGGUUUUAAGACUAUUAAAAGAUUAAUGAAAGAGUAAAUUGGGUAAAAAGAAUAACAGCUCCCAGGAAAAUGCAAUUUUAAAGUCAUUAUUUAUGUUUGUUUUUUAUGUUCUUGGUGAUAAACUCUCAUUUUGACCUGGAAUGGUGAUACGUCAAUGGCAAAUGAUUUCAAUGGAAUAUUAAGGGUUUGUUAAUUAAUGAUACAUAAUAAAUCAGAAAAAGUUUUCAUUUUA